GCGGGCGGGGCUAAGGCUGGAGGUCACAGGCGAGCCCCCAGACUGAUGCAACGGGUGUGCUGUGCGGUUGUCACUGUGAUCGCAGACACAUGGCUGCCCCAACUGGCCCGACGGCACAGGCUGGGCUCACCGCCUCCCCGGGCUCCCAGCUUACCCGACUCUUCCGACACGUCCAGUUCGAGAACCUGGUGGCCGGUCUGAGCGGAGGGGUCAUCUCCACCCUGGUGCUUCACCCGCUGGACCUGGUCAAGAUCCGCUUCGCAGUCAACGAUGGCCUGGAGCUCAGACCCAGAUACAACGGCAUACUGCACUGCAUGUCUACAGUAUGGAAGCAUGAAGGUCUACGUGGCCUCUAUCAGGGGGUGACACCCAAUAUGUGGGGAGCUGGUGCCUCCUGGGGCCUUUACUUUUUCUUCUAUAGUGCAAUCAAAGAAUACAAGAAGGAGGGGAGAGCAGGGAACUUGACUGCCACCGAACACCUACUGUCUGCAGCGGGAGCAGGUGCCAUAACUCUGUGUUUUACAAACCCGAUAUGGGUUACCAAGACUCGUCUUGUUCUUCAGUAUGAUGCCGGAGUUGACCCAUCAAAACGCCAGUACAGAGGCAUGUUCCACGCCCUGGCUAAAAUAUACAGACAUGAAGGAAUCCCUGGGCUCUAUAAGGGGUUUGUUCCAGGCCUUCUAGGAACAUCGCAUGGCGCCCUUCAAUUUAUGGCCUAUGAAGAACUAAAAAUGGAUUAUAAUAAACACCUUAAUCGACCCAGUGAUACAAAGUUGAGCACCUUGGAGUACAUCACAAUGGCGGCAUUGUCUAAGAUAUUUGCAGUGAUGGCUACUUACCCAUAUCAAGUUGUUCGAGCUCGUCUUCAAGAUCAGCACAACCGCUAUUCCGGGGUCAUGGAUGUUAUUACAAGGACAUGGAGGAAAGAAGGCGUUCAUGGCUUCUACAAAGGCAUUAUCCCCAAUGUGAUCCGAGUGACUCCAGCGUGCUGUAUCACAUUUGUAGUCUACGAGAAUGUCUCACAUUCCCUACUAAGUCUGCGGAAAGCCAAGGAAUGAGCGCUGAAGCAGGCUCACUUGGGUAAAGUUUCCUGUAUUAGGAGAAGACUCAGGAUAAAGGACAUUUUAUGGACAAAGGGAAAUACGGACACUCCUGGCAUUUCUCCAGGACUUGGCAUCUCAUUCUAUAUAGAUGUCUCCAUACAGUACUUGAAGUUGGGUUUCUUAGUCCUCAUC